AUGGAAUCAGAAAUACCCGCCCUCGUAUACCUCUACCAGCCGGCCGCCAGUGAAGCGCAGAAGGGGCGGGUCUCUGGCGUCGCAAAGGAGUCCUCUCUGAUUGGUCGGGCAAUGGGCUCUCGUUUUCAAAACGCGUGUCAGCUGAUUUCGCGGGCGAGGGUCCCCACUCAGUUGUGUCCCGAGCUGCUUAGGCAUCCGGCACGAUCCCUCAUUUUUCGCUUUUACCUGUUUUAUGCUAGGAUAUUUAGAAGUGCAUUGUUAGGAGGGAAGAUGCUGAGACGCGUGCCUUCCAGCUCCAUGGCCGAAGAGCUCUCGCGUUCCGCAUGUCUCAGCGGGUUGAACCUGGAAGUCCCGCGCCAAGUGGAGACCGAGGAGAAACGGCUCCUGCCGCGGCUGUCCUCGUCCCUCAACACCGUCGGGAGGAUUGGAAUUUCGCCGAAGAACGUGAAGAAGUCGGUGGCGUCGCCGUUGGAACUUUCGCCGCUGAAACGGACGAAACAGCAAAUGCCAACAUGGAGCCAGCACCUCUCGUUCGAGUCGAGCCCGGAAACUCUUCGGGACAGCAGCAUGUCGGACUCCCUCAUCGGGUCCCUGUCCCCCCUUCACCCGAUCCGCUCGUCCAAGACCGAUCUCUCGUCCGUCUCGAGCGAAUCCCCCCUGUUGGACUUCUGCCGAAAGGCCUCCCGGGCCCAGAGGCGGUUCGAGUUCGCCGAGACCCCAGACUUUUCGUCCCCGGAGCUGCCUACGGGACUGCCUCUGGCCGAAACCCUCUCGGAAUGGGAAAAGUGCGACGUGGCCAGAGCCAACUUUUCCACCGUGCAAUAUGUGAGGCCUAAGCCUUUUCAAGCAAAAGCAAUCGCCACUCCCGUCUCAUCUCUGGUCACUUCAAGCAAGUUGUGUGCGGUUCCAAAGCGGCUCUGUUUCGCCGGAGAGCCCACGGUGGACGUGCUGCUCGAACUCACCAAGCUGGGAGAUUGCCCACCUGCAUUAACCCUUCUUCUAUCUUACCUGUCGCCGAAAGACCUCUGCCGCGUGUGUGUCGUCUCGCAAGCGUGGCGACAGGCCGUCCUCGGGGAUCCCUGUUCCGACCGGAGGAGGAAGCGUUUCCUGGAAGAGUGCCGCAAGCUCAAGAAGCAGAUGGGGAAGGAGAACGUGGUUCGGAAGAGCUUCAGCGAAACUCCGUCAUCGAUAUCGCGAACGGGAAAGUCGUCACCCUGCAAGAACCUCUCAAACACGGACUUCUCCAGCGGCAGCGGCACCUCUGGUUCUUCCGAAACCCCCUACAGCCCCUCUAAACGCAAAUUUCUCACUUUCUUUGAGGCUGGCAGGAGGCUGAACAAGGACGAGCACUUGACCCCAUGCCCCCACUGCUCCUCUCCCGCACGGGUGGAUCGGCACACCCACCGGGCAGAAUGCACAGGACGCAGCUGCCAUUAUUACUUCUGUUCCCGCUGCCUCACCCCACCCCACCCAAACAAUCCGUGCAGUUCCGUCCAGGGCCGACUGGAGCAGUCCGCUCCGGUCGGCAGUUCCAAGAGCCGUCGGAACCUCCGACGGCUCUGA